CUGAUUUUAAUGUUUUUCUUCUUCAAGGCGACAUGGUUCAUUCUUGAGCGUCGUUCCCAAUUCAAAAACGACGAAGAACAUGCGUUAACGUAGAAUUUUCGAUCUCGAAAAUAUACCGUUCAGAAACCCUAGAAUUAUCUAGCAAGAAUUUCAAGAACCUAAGUGUUGUACUCUUCUUCGCCACCCUGAAGUUAGGGUUUUUUUUUAGGGUUUCUGUGAAUGGUAAUGGACAUCGAUGUGGAUAUAGCUGGAUGGGUUCUCGAGUUCCUUCUUCGUCAAUCGCUCGAAGAUCAGACAUUAGACUCUGUCAUUCGUGUUCUUCCUCUACCGAAAAACAAUCCAAGUCUCAAAAGGAGCAUGCUUUUGCGAAGAAUCGAGUCGGAGAUUGCUUACGGUUUGGUUUCCGAGAAAGUUCUUGAGUUGUUGGAACAAAUUGAAGAACUGGGUAACGAAGAAGGGGUCGAGGUUUCUGAGGCCAUGAAGGUAGCGUUUUGCGCGGUGGCCGUGGAUUGCACGGUGAGCUUUCUGAAGGGAAACGAGGAUGACAAUGAGGGGAGGUAUUUUCAUGCGGUGAGGAGGAUUUGGAGAGGUAGGGUUUGCAAAAUGGAGAGGUCUGAGAAGGUGGGGUUGGUUUCAGAGGAAUUGAAGAAUUGGAAGGAUGAGAUUGAGGCCGCGUUGUGGGAUAAAAGUGUUCGGCAAAAUUUGGUAAAGAGGAGUAAAGGGAAAGAUGCUGUGGAGGCAGUGAGGGUUUAUGUUAAGGAAGAGAAAGAAAGAAUGGGUCCUUCUUUUCUCGAAUUCGUGGCCGAGACAAUGCGGGAUGAUAAUACAGUGAGAAAAGUGCUUGAAUUGGGAAGGAGUGGAAUGUGUGAGGACUUAAGGGAGGGAGAAGAACUUUUGCCUGAUGCUGGACAGGAUGGGGUUGUUAGUAACAACAACAAAGAAACCCACAAAGCAAAUGUGCUGCCCAGGCAAAAGCAUGUUGCUAAUAAACGCCAUCGAGGAACAACCUCUGGGACUUUGAGAGGAGCUAAGAUUGCUGAUACCGAGGACGGGGGAGUGAGGACAUCAUGUAAAAAAUAUGAUAUCCCACUUUCACCUGCCAUCAAUAAAGUACAGGAAGCACUUGCGUCAAGUUCUUUAGAGCUACAAGCAGUGGUAAAGGAUCCUCUUCCUGAUGCACUACACCUUGCUGAGACUAUAAUAGCUAGCAUGGCAAGAGAAGACAGGGAACAUGAGCCUGCAAUGAAAAAUCAUAAUAAGGUUGAUGCCAAGGAACCCAAUUCUUGUGUUGACAACAGUGCUGCAGCUGGUCGAGCCAAUGAUGCUAAUCUUGAUAAUCAGUGCUGCAGUCAUCAAAAUAAUGCCCCUAAACUCAGCUUAAUGGCACGAAAUAAUACUGCCCAUACUUAUGAGUGGGACGACUCUAUUGAUGAUUUAUCUGAGGAGUCUCCUAAUCAUCGGAGUAGACCUGAUUUACCUAGCCCCAAAAGAAGGAUGGUUUCUCCUUUAAAGAAAUAUGAAGUUACAAAACUUGCAAAGCGGAGAAAAGUUAAGAAAUGGAGCACCUUGGAAGAAGACACUUUGAGGACUGGUGUGCAGAAGUAUGGUAUUGGAAACUGGAAGCUCAUCUUAAAUAUGUAUCGUGACAUAUUUGAAGAGAGAACUGAGGUUGAUUUAAAGGACAAGUGGAGAAACCUGACUCGGUAUUGAUACUUCAGAACAAAGUGUGCUGUUUUUGUAACUUAGUUACGAGUGGUGUGCCCUCUCGCCUCUGUAUAGCUUGCAUUGCAUAACCUCUUUGGUUCAAGUUAGGUUUUCAGUAGGGGCUGCUUUUUAUUUUAAUUUAUGACUGUAUCAUUCCUGAAAAUUCUUUGUAGUACUUAUGGUGCUCUGAAAAUGUUGUUAGUGUCAUGAAAGUCUUCUUAGAGAUAUGUCUGAUAUUGAUUAAAUUCCAUAGCUUUCUACACUAAUAUAUUGUUGUACGCCCCAUGAGCCUUUUAAAAGAAAGGAGGAAGAGAAUUGUGGAUAUCAUUUUGCAUACAAUUCGUGUUUUAGAAGCCCUGUAUUUUGUUGUUCUAACUCUCAUUAUUUUUAGAAUAAUUUGUU